UGGGUGCAGUAUCAUUUGUUACAAAAACAUCUGAUGAGCAACAUAUACUAACUGUAUAUUUCAUUGAGACCAAUUGUGCAGUCCAUACAACCAACAAGGAGACAAGAUGAAGAUUAACUAUGCUUGUAUCUUCACUGUUUUAUUGCUGUCAGUAAAUGGUGUGAAUGGUUUUAUUCCAAUUGCUAUGGCGAUAUAUGGAGCAGUUGUAGCUGCCCCAGUGUAUCUACCUGCAAUAGGUUUCACAGCUGGUGGUAUAGCUGCAGGAUCUACAGCUGCAGGACUGAUGUCAGCCUCAGCUAUAACUGGUGUAGGAGGUCCAGCUGUAGCAAUUGCCCAGUCAGUUGGAGCCGCAGGACUUGCUGUUGGCACAAAAACACUGGCUGGUGCAGCGGUUGCAGCUAGAGACAAUAAUGAAAUGGAGGAAGUCAUUACAAAUGAGGAAUAGAUGAAAAUAAUGAAAACAAUUACUGAAAAUGUCAUUUAAAUGAAUAUAGAAAGGGCUAUUCUCAGUUUAGAGAAUAAAGUUCAUCACUCUAAUUGAGUGUUACCCCUGCUUCGGACAAAUUUAAUUUUUUUUACAUAAUAUAGAUUUGAAUAUGUCUUCUUUUGAAUAGUCAUAAUUUAAAUUGGGUGAUAUUUCUAGAUUCUUUAUAAAAAAA